AUGCCUAAUUUGAUAGAUUGUUGUUUUCUCUCUGUAUCCAUCUUUAUUGUUGCAUUUGCUUUGUCAUCGAGCCCUGUUUAUUGUCAAGAGUUCGAUGGCUAUGAUAACAAUCUGGCUGCACGAGAGCUAUUUUCAGAGCUGGUCUACAACAGUUUCUCAAAUUUUACCUCUGUGUUCAGGCAAGAUAUUGCCAAAUAUUUUGGUUUCUGCAUUACAGACGAGGAUGAAGAUUGGAACAUGGCAUUCAAUUUCUCCGAAAAAAACACAACUCAUUCAUAUCCAACUGCGCCAAGAAAACAAACGAACUGUAAUUUGAGCUCAUGGGCUUCUGGAUGCGAGCCAGGAUGGGCUUGUGGAGUUGCUAAAGGUCAAAAGGUUGACCUCUGA